GUUACACAUGGUUUCCCGAAUAAUCCGGUACCACUUUUUACUUCUCCAAAAAACUUUCCGAUUGAAAAUCGUCCUGGAAUCGAGUCACAAGAUCUAAAAAGCUUGUAUCGGCAUCUUGGGCUUGAAUCCAGUGGUAAUGUGCAUGUUGACUGUGUGUCAGAUUUCCAUUUGUUAACUUUCGUGAAGGGAACUGGCAUAUUAGAUCAGAAUGACUUUGCAGCACUCGCAAGACUUGCGGUGUCGCAUGAAGAAAAAGAUGCCAAUCAAUUAGCACAAAGUACAG